UUUAUUCUAGCUUUCAGAAAUUGCGCUGACAUCUUUAAAUCAGGCCAAAAAAGAGACGGUGUGUACGUCAUCAAACCUGACAACCAGUCAGCUUUUGACGUCUUCUGCGACCAAACAACAGCUGGUGGAGGAUGGACGGUAUUCCAGAAGAGAAUCGACGGUUCCGUUGACUUCAACCUCAACUGGAGCGAUUAUAAACAUGGCUUCGGAAAUCUUAGUGGCGAAUUUUGGCUUGGCUUGGACAGGAUUCAUCGCCUGACUUUAGAUAAUAACAGCAUGCUACGAGUAGACAUGGAGGACUUCGAAGGGGGAAGUGCUUAUGCUGAAUACAGCUUUUUUGGUGUCAGGAGUGAACAUGACAAGUAUCAGUUGAUCCUUGGUUCUUAUAACACAGCAGGUGACUAAACUAAUUUAAACGCACAUUGUGCAGAAAAGCUAACAACGUCAAUUUCAACACAAACAGAGAAGUAAAUCUUACUACAGUGCAGAACAUUGUUAGGGAAACUAAGAAUGUACUAAGCCGAGCGGUUUAUUCAAGGAAAAAGAAACUCGAUAAUCAUUUAGUAAACGAUUUAGAUAUUCACAAGAUCCCUUUUUUAUUUUUUCCUUUUCAGCCUUUGUUCAUAAAAAAGUGUUUGAAGGGUUCUGAUUCUUGGGACGAGAGUAAUUGAGAUAUGUUAUUAACCCUAUCGGUGUCGUCUUUUGAUUUCAUUUCUUACUUCCUUCACACCACCUACUUUAAUUGUGUACUCGAAGCCAUUUUGGUAGCUGUAUAUAUAUUUUCUCUGGUAAAUUGAGCUCAAACAAGCGUUGAUGCAGAAAAAGAAUUCAUAAGCGCGGAAGGAAGUGUAAAAACUUAAACCUUAUUUAUACAACAUAUAUAUUUAUACCUUCCUUAUUUUGGGUAAAAAGAGAAAAGAAUCGCAGAAGGAAGUAAAGCCGGCCGGGCUAGCGACAAAAAAAAAAGGUCUGCUCAAGGUCUGGAUCCGCCACUGAAGACUUUAUAACUUUUAAAUACUUUCCUGGUUUUUGCUUUGGUAAAUUUCUUAGGAACCGCUGGUGACUCCUUCUCUCAUCAUCAUGGCUGGCCAUUUACAACUCCGGAUAAAGACAACGAUUUCAAUCCCAGUGUGAACUGUGCCAUUAAGUACCAUGGUGGAUGGUGGUUUAAGUGGUGUCGCAGGGCUUUUCUGAAUGGUCCUUACAUACGUGGGCCUAACUCUUAUUUCGGCGAAGGCUUUAUUUGGGAAGUUUUUAAAGAUUUUCGUUAUUCAUUGAAGAGCUCUCAAAUGAAAAUAAGACCUCGAGACUUUUGAGUCUCUGAAUACCAGUUUCCCUUACAUAGCACUGAUUUUGUGCUGAAGCUUUUUCGAACACAGCACACAGUUUUAUUCAGUAUUGUUAGCGAUAUAAAACCAAAUAAAACUAAAGGUGAAAAGCGAAGCACCCAGAUGACCACAAGACUGAGAGUCUUUAGAGUUGGAGUGAAGUUCCUUUUACGAAGCGCAGAUCAUGUCUUAAACUUUUCUUUUUAUUUUGGCAGUGACGUUUAUAACAGCACUGAAGAUGAAAGCCAACUAGUUCUGAUUGAUUGACACCAAGAGAGGAUGAAAUUGAAAAACUAGCAAAAUAUCUCCAAUUCUUAACAAGCGUGAACAUUUUUGCAUGAAAAUUCAGGAAGCAGACAGCAAAUGCAUAGUAUUGCAGUCUGUCAUUUGCGUGAAGGUUGAAGAAAUAAUGUUAAAAUCGAACGACAAGGUCGAUGCUUGUUCUCAUUUUCAUGCUUGUUUGAUUCAUGUCGUAAGUCUCGAGUUAAGUCGCUUAAAAAAGUCCUCGGGUUGCCAUCAAACGGCUUUUAUCAUCAUUAUUUGGUCAUGACCUUUUUAAUCCUAAUUUGCAAGCAGUGAGAGUAGGCGGCCUGACUCAGUCUUUCAAAUAUGCUUUAAAGAGGCAUUGUUAUGAUAAGAGCAUCUAUUAUAUUUGCCAAAAUUAUUCAAGUUAGCUAUUUCCAAUCCUUUAAAUCUUCUCCAUCCUGAACAAUACUCGUUCACUUUUAGCAAAUCCUCUUCGAUGUUGUUUUCUCCCGUCCUACCAAAAUCAAAUUUUAUGGUUUUCUUAACGCUAAAUCUAAUUUUGUACAUUGUAAAACGCGGCUAUUGCAAGCUUACCACAUAUUUAAUUCCUCGUUUGUUAGAAACAUUUCUAUUUGGCGUCCUCCACACCAAAGGCUGGUAACUUGUACUUUAUACAAAUCAGUAAAAAUUUGUCAAGUUUAUCAUCUGAGACUCAUUUUAAUCUUUAUCAUCCUUGAUUAAUUAAUUACUUAAGUUUGUUUACUUUGGCAAGCAAUCAUUAUUGCUUUCCUUAUUUUUUCAAGUUGAAACUGACAUCAAUUUUCAACAACCGUAAAAUAAUUUCUGACGCAACUUGUCAAAUGUUCCGUCCAAACCCAUCUGUGUUCCUUGCGAUCAUUACGCACUAACUAUGACGCAAAGGCACAAAUUUGUUGCAUGUAAACAGAACGUUGGCGUCUUCCGUCUUAUCCUAAAAGAUAUUACUCUGGUAUGACGCAAUUGGAACACUUUAAAAUAUGCUUGUCAUGUAUCAUGCAUAUGUCUCCAAAAUUAGCAUCCUUUCAAGCUUCUGGAAAAUAAAUGGAAAGGUUUUGUGGAAAAAAAAAAUACUAUUUGCGCAAUUUCAGAAUUGUUUGAACGUUUUUUAAAGGAGAGUUGUUAAUUAUGAAUUUUGGUUAAAAAGCGAUACGACAGUAAAAGAAAUUUUAGCUACAAUGUCUAAACGUGCUUAGGCUUAUGACAGCUCAUCGUUUGUCUUCAAAUCUUUGUGAUCAAGAAAUUCUGUGUAGACAAACAUUGCAUGCUUUAAUUCUAAGCUUAAAAUAGACUGUAGAUGUAAAAAUUACGCAAUUCAACUUAAAUGCACUUGAGCUGAGCGGGAGCAUAAAUAAAAGUUAACUUUUAUUUCCGAAAUGUUUGACCUCAGUUGACUCCUACAUCUCUUUUAUUUCCUCGCAGUUACAAUUAUCCGACGAUAAACCUUACCUUUGUCGUCAUUUCCUAUUGAAAUCAAAAUGUCACAUCAGUAAGCCAGUAUUAGUGAUAAAACAAUUGAGUAUCAAUCAUUUCCUCCUCACCUCUUGAAAAAGAAGGAAAGAGAGAAAACAAAUGAAAUUCUUAAUCAGUUGAAAUUUCUCAGUUAUUGGUUGGUGGUAAUCUAGCAUGAAAAUCUUUACCCUUUCAGAUUUCUUUCUUAAAGUCAAGUUUCUCUUUUAAAACAUAUUCUUUAAACCUUGUUCGUAACACCUGCUCCUCGACCAGAAAUGGUUUAAAGUUUAAAACAACCUCAUUGAAAUAUUUGGAGGAUGCCAACGGUUUUUCAGUCUACACGUAAUAACAGUUAGAAAAUUUGAAGGAAAAACUCUCAGUCUCUGAGAAAUUCCUUUUGUAAAGCUCCUGAUAACGGCAGCUGUGUUUGUUAAUUGACACACAAAACAAAUUGCAAGGUUUCGUGGAAGACAUGAACAAUCUGCAGAAGGAGCGCUGUCAAAAUAAUAACUGUCUCUGAACCAACUGUGAGAAGAAGAAUAAAAGCUGUCAUCAACCGAACCUGAAAUUACUUCAUUCGAUGAAAAUUUAUUAAAAAAGCAAACCGUGAUACUGGGAAUUUAUUUGUAAUUAAUAGCAUGGGAAUCUUCAAGUAGUUUUAUUUAUAUAUAGUUCAGAUAUAACGCGCGCUGUCAUUGAUUGAAAAAGCGUGCUCUAUCAGAGUACAAAACAUAGAGCUGAACUGAGGUUGUCACGCCAUUUGCCAAAUUGUAUUGUGUCCAACCUCUUCUCGGACCUCUCUCUAGCUUUUUUCGCUAAUUGUAAGUGAAAUUUUGGAAUAAGCGAGCCGGAGAGUAGCAACAGAAGAACCAAACAAAGGUUUUUAAAAAUGCCAAGCCCCUUAACUGACGUGAACAGAGAUGAAUCUCCUUCUAGAGAAAGUGAAAUGGACAGUCCGAGUUUUGAAGGUUUUUCAUGCUCAGUUAGAUUGCAAACUUAAUUACUUAAGGUGAUAAAAAUCAAACACAGCUAACACUUGUGUAGUAUAUAGUUCAAAAACAAAACAUAACAAAAUAGGAAUGAUGAAAAACAUAAACAAGCUGGCAUUAUUGUUAAAAUUAAAUAUGCUAAGGUCCAUCGCGGCUAGCUUAUCAUGGCCAUCUCCGGUCAUCGCAUUGAAGCAAGCCUUGGAAUUACACCGGACGCCCUUCGAGUGAGCAACUAAGAGUUUGCUCUGAUCUGAUAUUCUUUCCGAUGCGUGGAAGGCCACAUGAGUCACAGCAGCCGAAUUUUACAGUGCUGUCAUCCCGAGCAAUCUUCAUGUACUUGUGAAUUCGGCUGUCGCUAUUCAUACAACACACGUCUUACGCAGUUUGUUUUUGUGGAAGAACUUGCGUUUUUUUAUGAACCCCAAUUCAGCCGGAAUUCACUGAACAUUUCACUUUCAGAUUAUAUGUUAGAGACAAAAAAAAAAAAAAAAAAAAAAACUUCAGGAAAAAGUGUUAAAUUGAACCUGCCAAACUAAUUCAGUUUGUAAACUAUUGCAGAUUGUAAACUUCGAUGGUUACUGAACUUUGAUGGUUGGACAUUUUUGACAGGAUUCGUCUUAUUCAACCAAUCAGAUUAUUGAACCCUUUUUACAAGGAUCCUGAUAUGCCUAUUGGAGCGUGCUUUAUGAGAGUAUAGAGCAUGCUGACGACACUGAUAAUCGCUUCGGAAGUAAAGUUUGUUUUGAUAAUUGAAAGUAAUGCCUGGGGAAUUUAACGGAUUCUUUAGAAAAGAAUCCACUGCGUCUCGUGUUUCCCACAAUACUUCUUGCGUGCUCUAGCCGCUUCCUAAGUGCUUACAAGACCUCGAGACUUUUAAGCUGCUGAUUAGUAGUUAUCUCUUACGUAGCACUGAUUUUGUGUUGAAGCGUUUUCGAACACAGCAUAUGGUUUUAUUCAGUAUUGUUUGCGAUUUGAAACCAAAUAAAACAAGAGGCGGAAAAUAAAGUACUCAGAUGAACAUAAGACUGCGAGUCGUCUGAGUUGGAGUUGUCUGAGUUCCUCUUACGUAGCACAGAUCAUGUCUUACACUUUUUUGAACAUAACAAACGCUUUCACUCAAACAGAGUGAAGACAGACCUUCUCUGUUUGAUUACAAAGCUUGUACCCGAGUCUUAUGGAAAAUAAUAGUAGACAGCUUUUAUUUUGGCAGUGACGUUUAUCACAACACAGAAGAUGAAAGCCAACCUCUGAUUGAUUGAUACCGAGAGAGGAUGAAAUUAAGAAAAAUAGCAAAAUAUCCCCAAUUCAUGACAUCCGCUAACAUUUUUGCAUGAACAGUCAAGAAGCAGACAGCAAAUGCAUAGUAUUACAGUCUGUCAUUUCCGUGAACGUUGAACAAAUAAUCUUACAAUCAAACGACAAGGUCGAUGCUUGUUCUCAUUUUCAUGCUUGUUCGAGUCAAGUCUCGAUUUAAGUCGCUGAGAAAAAAAAAAUUCGGAAAGGCUGCCAUCAAAGGGCUUUUAUGAUCAUUCUUUGGUCAUGACUAUUUUAAUCUUCUUUUGCAAUCAGUGAGAGUGGGCGGACUGACUCAGUCCUUCAAAUAUGCUACAAAGAGGCAUAGUAAUGAUAUAAGUAUCUAUAAUAUUUGCAUCAAUUUUUCAAAUUAGCUAUUUCCAAUCCAUUUCAAUCUUCUCCAUCCUUGACAAUACCCGUUCGCUUUUGGCAAAUUCUCUUCGAUGUUGUUUUUUUCCCGUCUUACCAAACUCAUAUUUUGUGGUUUUCUUGACGCUAAAGCUAAUUUUGUUCAUUAAUUAAGACAGCUGUUUCAAGCUUAUAACUGUUUUAAAAUCUAUGACAAUCCUCCCCAUCCUUCCUCAUCCUCAUUUGUUUCGGGUUAAUUGAUCUUGUUUUAGUGUUUUUCUGAUCUCAUUGGACUAAUUAUUUGGGGAUUUCCUCCACACUAAAGGCUGGUAAUUUGCACAUGAAAUAAAUAAGCAAAAGUUUGUCAAGUUUAUCAUCCGAGUUUCAUUUUAAUCUUUUUCAUUCUAAAUUUAUCAUCUCCGUUCCCUUUUUCUUAGGUUUGUUUUUUCUGGUGUUUCUACACAGGCAAGCAAGCAUCAUUGCUUUCCUUAUUUUAUAAAGUUUUGACAUCAAUUUUUAAAGAACCUAAAAUAAUUUCUGACGCAACUUGUCAAAUGUUCGGUUCAAACCCAUCUGUGUUCCUUGCGAUCAUUGCGCGCUAACUAUGACGCAAAGACACAAGAUUUCUUGCAUGUCAGCAAAAAGUUGGCGUCUUCUGUCUUAUCCUAAAAGAUUUUACUCUGGUAUGACGCAGUCGGAACUCUCAGUUUAAAAUAUGCUUGUCGUGUAUCAUGCGUGUCUCCAAAAUUAGCAUCCUUUCAAGCUUCUGGAAUAUAAAUGGAAGGUGUUGUGGGAAAAAAUUCUGUUUGUGCAAUUUUAGAAAUGUUUGAUUGUUUCUGAAAGGACAGCUUUUAAUUAUGAAUUUUGCCAAAAAAGCGAUACAAUGAUAAAAUAAGUUUUAGCUACAAUUUGUGCUUAGGUUUACGGCAGCUCACUGUUUAUCUUCAAAUCUUUGUGAUCAAGAAAUUCUGUAUAAACCAACAUUGCAUGCCUUAAUUCUAAGCUCAAAAUAGACUGUAGAUGAAAAAAUUACGCAAUUUAACUUUAAAAUCUUUGUGAUCAAGAAAUUCUGUGUAGACAAACAUUGCAUGCUUUAAUUUUAAGCUUAAAAUAGACUGUAGAUGUAAAAAUUACGCAUUCAACUUAAAUGCACUUGAGCUGAGCGGAAGCAUAAAUAAAAGUUAAAUUUUAUUUCCGAAAUGUUUGACCUCAGUUGACUCCUACAUCUCUUUUAUUUCUUCGCAGUUACAAUCAUCCGACGAUCAACCUUUCCUUUGUCGUCAUUUCCCAAUCACCUCCUCCUCACCACUUGAAAAAGAAGGAAAGAGAGAAAACAAAUGAAAUUCUUAAUCAGUUAAAAUUUUUCGGCUAUUGGUUGGAGGCAAUAAAGAGUGAUAUUCUUUACCCUUUCAGUAUUCAGAUUUAUUUUUCUUUCUUAAAGUCAAGUUUCUCUUUUAAAAACAUACUAUUUAAACCUUGUUCUUAACACCUACUCCUCGAUCAGAAAAAUGGUUCAAAGUUUAAAAAAACCUCAUUGAAAUCUAUGGAGGAUGCCGACGGUUCUCAGUCUACACGUAACAGUCAGCAAGUUUGAAGGAAACGUGCCGAAAAGCUCCCAGUCUCUGAGGAAUUCCUUCUGAUAACAGCAGCUGUAUUCAUUCAUUGACACAAAGAAAAUUGCUGCUCGGUUUCUGGGAAAACAUUAACAAUCUGCAGAAGGAGUGUGUUCAAAAUAAUAACUGUCUCUGAACCAACUGUGAGAAGAAGAAUAAAGACUGUUAUCUCCUGUUGCUUUCGGAUAUCAUGUCAUUUGAAGAUUCUUGCUUUUGUUUACUCAGUCAUUACAGAGUUGAAAUCAGCUUAGGGUUUUACGUUUACAAACUUAUGAAGUAACACUGCUAGUUAUAAAAAAAUAGCUGUGGUAUAAAUGUCUUAUCUUUCUCUUGGUUAAUCAGAGCUGCAAGAGAAUUUCUAAAUAUUUCAAUUCCAUUUUAAUGAAAAAUGGUGGAUCCAGUUUACAAACUAUUAAAAUCAUAUUCAUAUAUGACAAAUCAAUUCUCUUCUUUUAUUCAAGUCUAGAAAUUUCAAUUUUUCUUAAUUUUCUUUCACAUUACUUUUCGAACCUGAAUUUACGUCAUACGAUGAAAAUUAGGGAAAGCAAACCACGAUAGUGGGAAAUUGUUUAUAAUCAAUCGCAUGGGAAUAUUCGCACGGGAUAUAAUCAAUCGCGCAGGAAUCUCUCUUCAACCAAUGAUGCGCGCUGUCAUUGUUUGAAAAUCAGAGUACAAAACAUAGAGCUGAAUUAAAGCUGUCACACUACUUACCAAAUUGUACUUUGAACUAAAGCUCUUACGCCAUUUAUCAAAGUGUCCUAUUUCUGUCAACUUACCAGACUUCUCUCUAGCUUUUUUUCGUCCAUUGGAAGUGAAAUUUCGGAACAAGCGUGCCGGAAAUUAGAAACAGAAGCACCAAACAAAGGAUGUGAAAAUGCCAAGCGCCGUAAUUGACGUUACUAUAACGUGAGCAUAAAUUGCCUUCAGUUAUCUCCAUAACAACACCUCAUAGAGGUAUCAUUCAUUAAAAGUUCAAAUUAAAUUAACUUCCUGAGAGAGCAUAUUAGGGAAGAGAAACACGCAAUAUGAUAAAACUCGAAAUUUUUUAACAAAAAUUAAAGUGCCACAUAUUUAUCCAUUUCGGUAGAAGCAGCUGUUGGCAGUCGUUAUAAACGGCUUGAAAAUAUUUCAUAAAGGGCAUUCACUCACUCACGAGUUUAUUGCAACUAGUUCAGAAUCCUGUAAGCGGCUGAAGUACCUGCUGCUUAGAAUGAUACACCCCCUGCAUUCUUUAGAAUAUGUAAUAUAUUUAAGGGUGAAAAAUAGAAGUGCCUUCCGCAUUAGAAGUAGCUUUCUGUCGCGUGUCUGCAAGGAUGCAUUAUUUAGACAUCCAGUUUUAUCUCAAAAUGACAACCCUCGCCUUCAUCGCCUCCAUCGUGUUUGGAACUUUCUUCUUUUGGUGUAAUUGCUGUUUGGGUAAGAACAUCUCGUUAUUUUUUCCUUCUAUUGUCUUAAAAUAUCUCUUUUAUUGCAGAUAAAUUUUUCAUGCAUUAAGUCUCGACAAGCUGCAAUGUUGCAGUGUUUGUAUAUAUAUAUAUAUUUUUUUUUUCAAGUUUGUAAUAAACUUUUAACUUGUUGUAAACUUUUCUCCUGUAAACUUGUAACUAAAACCAAAUCCAACUGCUUUUAUACCAUUUUCAUUCCUAGCCAUUUUUUUCGAAUUGGAUUUUUUUUCUUCUCUUCAGUACUGAUAUUAUAUUUGUGAAGUUACCUUUUACAUAUUGUUUCUCAAUUUUGGUAACUGUAAGGAUUCAAUUUAACUAUGUUAUAUACAAAACGUUUGGAAGAGAUAUAAUAAUUUAAAGAAGAUAUAGCCCUUAUUUCGUAAAUUUGUCGAAUUCCCGUACGAUUCAAAACUUAAACGGAUAAAGUUAAUUAACAAGGAGCACGCCUCUACUAUAGAUGGGAAUUAACAUCAGAUAAAAAAAAAGUAACCAAACGCUUUUUUUCUUGAAGAGGGACACAACAAAAAUUUGUUUACUUUCCACAGAUGACGAAUUUCGCAAUAUCGUGUUCAAACAACCAAUCCCGAACAAGAUAUUGAAGAAUCAUUUGAUCAAGACAGAGGAUGUGCCUAAUGAGGGGAGCUGCCGUGUGUUGUGUUAUAUGGACCCCGACUGCGUGUCCAUUAACCUGGGACCAUUUAUCCAAGGGAAACACAUAUGUCAGUUAAACAAUGCUACAGACAAAAGUCUCGCUAAUGAACAUGGUUUUACUCACCUUGCCAUUGAGGUAACGAGCACAUUUGAUUUAUCUUUUAGGGCUGUUUUGUGGUACCUAAGUGCAGGUAGGUUCUCUUGCCUCGAAGGAUGCAUUUGUGGACUUGUUUAUAUUCCAUAUAAACAUGGCGUGACCAAAGCGUGCUUUAAUAACAGGUGGCUCAAAUCACAUCCUUUAGGUUCUAGCACGAACCUCAAGCACGGUGGAUAAAAAAGUAAAACCUAAGAAUUAAUCGUCCUUCACUGAAGCUUAUAGUGAUUCCUUUAAAGUAUUUUUAAAGCUAAAAAAUUGAUGUGAAAAUAUUUAUACGUAAAUAUGGUGACAAGAUUUAAGAUAAGAUUACUAGGUGAUUUCAAUAAAGGGCUUAAGCAAUUUGGAAUUGCGUGGGUUUUGUAUCGCAGCACGCUGUUAUUUGCCCACGAAACUUGCAUCUCCUUGUCAAUCAGGCACGAAAUUUGCUUGUGAGGAAUUUUAAAAAAAUCUUAAUGGCGCUUUACACAUUUUCCUUUUUUCAGAGUUUGGAGCUGUCAUCAUGACAACUUUGGUUAUAAGUUUAAUGGUACUUUAUAGCGGAACGUGCUUUGUUUUAUAUUUGCUAUUGAUUAGAGCCCUUGUGGUAGCGGCCCAUGUUUAAAUGGAGGCACCUGCCAAGCUGGUUUCACAAGUAAAGGUUUUCGGUGUAUCUGCCCAGAAGAAUUCAGCGGAGGAGAAGUUUGCCAAGGUAUCAUGUAAACGUGAAGUUAUGGUCAAAAAAUUGCUACAUAACCCCUUUGAAACCUAAUGAAUAAAUGGAGUAAGUUUUACAGAGACUGUUGUGCUGCGUCGGAUGGAUAGUAUAACAGGGUAACAAAGUAUUAUCAUCUGAGUUGAUAACGUAAAAAUUGGCCACCGUAAAGAGUUUUAAAGCUGACUUUCGUGCGUUACCUCUGCGUUAAAGCGAAACCUAAGUUAUUUGAUAUAUUUUCUAUCUAAUUAUUUUAUCGUAAGUAAGGUGUGUCUUCUUUUUUGCCUAAGUUUUUUUUCAUUUUGGUUACAUUUUUCAUGACCUUUUUUUAACUACAAUUCUUUCGAAUCGAUAUCGUUUGGAAAACACUUCUGUGUCUUAAUUUACCAAUUUCUUUUAUUACUCUCAUCAGUAAAGAUACUGUUCUAAUCCAGUAAAUACCUUGUUUGCCGCAUAAUAUAUACGAUUAGUUUUUUUUUUUUUCAAUUUUUUCAAUUUUUUUAUUAUUCUAGCUUUCAGAAAUUGCGCUGACAUCUUUAAAUCAGGCCAAAAAAGAGACGGUGUGUACGUCAUCAAACCUGACGACCGAUCAGCUUUUGAUGUCUUCUGCGACCAAACAACGGCCGGUGGAGGAUGGACGGUAUUCCAGAAAAGAAUCGACGGUUCCGUUGACUUCAACCUCAACUGGAGCGACUAUAAGCAUGGUUUCGGAAGUCUCAGUGGCGAAUUUUGGCUUGGCUUAGAAAGGAUUCAUCGCCUGACUUCAGAUAAUAACAGCAUGCUACGAGUAGACAUGGAGGACUUCGAAGGGGGAAGUGCUUAUGCCGAAUACAGCUCUUUUGGUGUCAAGAGUGAACAUGACAAGUACCAGUUGAUCCUUGGUUCUUAUUACACAGCAGGUGACAAAAUUCCUUUACCCGCACAUUGUGCAGAAAAGCUUACAACAACAAUUUCAACACAAAGACGGAAAUCUUACUACAGUCCUUUAAUAAGAGAACAUCGUUAAGGAAGCUAAGAAAAUACUAAGCUAUAGUACUAAGUACUAUUCACGUAAAACGAAAUACAAUAAUGGUUAAUCAUUUAGUAAACGAUUUAGAUAAUCUCGAGGAGAUCUCUCUUUUUUUCCCUUUUCCCAGUCUUUUGUUGUUAAAAUAGUGUUUGAAAGGUUCUGGUUCUUGAGAGGAGUAUAAUUAAGAUAUGUUAUUAACCCGGUCGGUCUCGUCUUCUGAUUCCAUUUCUUACUUCCUUCUUACCACCACCUACUUUCAUUGUGUACUCGAAGCCAUUUUGGUAGCUAUAUACACAUUUUCUGUGGUAAAUCGAGCUCAAACAAGCGUAGAUGCAGAAAAGACUUCAUGAGCGCGGAAGGAAGAGUAAAAACUUAAACCUUAUUUAUACGGAAUAGCAAAUAUGCAGCCAAUGCUUUAAACCUACUCUUGCAAGAUCAGUGGCGGCCGGCGGAUCUAGGGGAGGGGUCCAGGGGACCCAUGCCCCUUCCUCUUCCUUAUUUUAGGUAAAAAAAAUAACAAAGGAAUCGCAGAGGAAAGAAAAGCCGGCAGAGAAAGCGAAAGAAAACCUUCCCCUCUCCCUCCCUUUCCCUAGCUCAAGGUCUGGAUCCGCCACUGAAGACAGUAUAACUUUUAAAUACUUUCCUGGUUUUUGCUUUGGUAAAUUUCUCAGGAACCGCUGGUGACUCCUUCUCUUACCAUAAUGGCUGGCCAUUUUCUACUCCGGAUGAAGAGAACGAUUUCAAACCCACUGGGAACUGUGCCCUCGAGUACCAUGGUGGCUGGUGGUUUAAGUGGUGUCACAAGGCUUUUUUGAAUGGUCCCUACAUACAUGGGCCUAACCCUGAUCACGGCGAAGGCAAUAUUUGGGAACAUUUUCGAGGUGUUCGUUACUCAUUGAAGAGCUCUCAGAUGAAAAUAAGACCUCAAGACUUUUAA